ACUAUUAUACAUAUUAGAUAAAGAUAAAGAACCAAAGCAAGAUGUUAAAAUUGUUUUAUUACAGUUCCAUCGGUUGCUUGUGGGUUCAAUGAAAACACGUGCGGUUAUAAACCUGUAAAUUCUGUGUGGACUUUAGAAGAUGGCUAUAUACUUACCAAACGUCAAGGUGCGCUGACCUUCCCUAUACAUACAAUAAAUGACCAGGAAAAUGUCUGUAUAGCGUUUGCUUUUGAAAGUGACAACACAAAUGCAUUGAUAAUAGAGACUGCAAUAGGACCAGAGCACACAAAUUAUACAUACACAGUGUACUCGGAUGGGAAGCAACGUGGCCAUUUAGACUAUCGACCGGAAAUGGACGAGGUGAAGUUCGUUGUUCCUGGUGACUAUUUGAUGAAGAUUGAUCACGUGACUACUACAUCCGGCCAGUGCGAGGAAUUAAGUUGUGAAAAUGAAGAAUUUGUUUGUCCCCGACAGUGCAUUCCAGCCGAAUUAAAGUGCGAUCGGAAAAUUGACUGUGACCAAGGACAGGAUGAAGCGGAUUGUGGUUUUGGUAUUGCUUGUCAGUUCGACAGUAGUAAUGACUGUGGCUAUGCAGCAAUGUCUGAAUCAAAAACAAAAUGGUUGGUGAAAGAAUCACAUUCGUUUAUUCUGAACGGAACGGAAAUGACUGUUAAUGGUGGAAUGUUGUAUACAAAUCUGAAAGGGCAGCCUCUUUCGUCUUCAUCGUCUGCUAGGUCAACCUGGGAAAGAGUGAGGGGACCAUCUUGUAUCAGAUUCAAGUACCUUGGCACGGUUCCAUUCCUAGAAGUCACUAUAACGGACAAGGAUAGUGGCAAACAAACGACUUGGAAUGAUACAAUGGCUGAUAUGACGCCAUCGAUAUGGAGGAUAGGACAAUUAGAAAUAGAGAAAGAGAUUUCAGAUACAGCCGAAUGGAUUAUGCUUAACUUCACGGCAUCUUUGUUAAUGACUGAUCAUACUGUAAAAAUUGAUGAAGAUCCAUUUAUUGCGAUCGAUAAUAUUGAGCUGUUAGAUGGAAGUCAAAGUCCGCCAUGUAUGUUAUUUAUGUUGGAAAAAAUCUUGCGUUUUCUGUAG